AUGAGGUUCCAGCUCGCCAUACUGCUUUCUAUCCAGGUAGUCGUGUCUGCCGCAAAUCCCGUGGUCAGAAGGACUCUGUAUCGGCGGCAAUCAUUUCCUUCCGAAUUCAAUCCUGACCCUCAGUCCGGAUAUGACGACCCGACUAUUGACAUUGCGGACCCUUCCUUCGCGACCGCCAUCCAGGCCGGCUACCAAGGCCCCUUUGCUUCGUACGACAAGCACGAGUUGGUCGGACCUGUUGAUCUGCUUCGAAACGGCCACGUCAACUACGGCGUGAACCCGAACUUCACGUUGCCCUUGUACAAAGGUACUUCGGCAGACGGCAAAACCUACUGGUGGAUCGUGACGGACACGUCGGAUGAAGGCAAUGCAAAGCAGCUCGGCGUCAACUUCGCCCCAAAGCUACGCUUUGCUGCACAAGGCCAGACUGGCGACGGGCUCAAAGGUGCAGAACAACUGGAGAUUGUCAACAACGCUGUUUUUGGCCGGAAAGGGCUGGUCGACUUUUCACCCGUGCGAAACAUUGUGCCAGGCAAUCCGUCCCCGUUUCCGCCACAGUCACUGCAACCCGGUAGCGUCGGGGACAAAUUCUAUACACCGCUGAUCCAGUUGACCAAUGCCGGCUACGAAGUAUGGAAUGCUCCGAUUGUCGCAGGUGAUGUGGAUGAAGACUAUCUGAACCAAUUCUGCGACGGUAUUCCUGAUGCGAUGCUAGCCGAUCUUCGCAGCAAAGCCCACGACCAAGUCCUCUCCAUCUGUCCCCGAGACCAGGUCGUCACCCUCGCCACCAUCCGAGGGUUCUCCUUUUCCAAAUCCGUCCUCUACCUGAUCGCCGACGGAUCGGACCCGUUGCCCGCGACGCUUGACGGCGGCACGUACGCACCACGUUUGGCGGCCGUCCCGACGGGAGACGACGACGCCCUUUUCAGCGGUAUCGAGCGUUUCUUCGUGAAUACCAACGGCUACACGAACCGAGAUCUCCCCUCCGGCGCCCCGAACAACGAGACCCACCAUCCGUGGCGACAAGGUCUGAAUAGUGCAAUCCUGGGAGAGGGGAACCCGUUGAACAUCCUCGGAGCAAUCCCCACCGUCGCAUAUGAUUACUCACCUCUGUGGAACUUCAAUCUCUACGCGUGGACCAAUUUCAGCAUCGAGAACGGCAUCCGCACCAGGCUGACGGGCGAAUUCGAGGUGUUGGGCAUGGCCGCUGCCGGGUACGUGACGAACCCCGACGGCACCGAGCUGAGCGACGCGGGAAUUGUCAACAAUUGUCCCAUCGUGCAUCGAUUCCUCUGA